CACUCGCAAUGCUGCGAACGUUAAUUUGUUCUUAAAAAUAAGCACUGUCUACUUUGUCUCUCAUUAUUCUUCUCCCUCAUGGAUAGUAGAGCGAUGGGUGGUAAGAUCGAACAGCGAGGAGAUGAAACAACAACAAGACAGAGUCUGAGUACAGACCCAGAGGAAAGUCUGCUAGAGAAACCCUUGCCUCGACCACCCUGGGCAGCUGAAAAUGAAGACGACCCGCACGAAAAGAAACCAUCAAAGUUCAAACGGCUCCUAGCUCCCCUCAUUCGACUAUGGGACGCAACGCCGCCCCAUGCCAAAUGGCGCAAAAUGAUGAUCCUGUGGACUGUACUCCAAUGCCUCCUUCUCAUCCCGCACAUGGUUGUUAGCGUAAUACUGAAGAACGAGCCAUUUGGUCUAACCAAGUUGCGGACCAUACCUUGCAAGGAUAAAGCCAUCUGGCAGAUUUUUGUCCUGGCGCUGCCGCUCAACGUGCUUGCAUCGCUUCUGCUCGCCGCCUCCAACUAUACGAGGCAGGUUCUUCUCGCACCCUCACGGCACGACUUGGACGAAGCGCAUGCGCGAGGGAAGACGUGGGAUAUCGGGGUGCCUUCGCUGAGGAAUUUAGUCCGGACGUCGUGGAAAAAGAGAGUAAUCUGGGUGACCCUGGCCCUAGUAUCGAUCCCGCUGCAUCUGCUCUACAAUUCGCUGUUCAUGAUCGUGGUCUCCGCACACGACGCGUACCAAGUCGUUAUCUCCGAACCAGAUUUCACAGCAGGCGUUCCUGCAACCUUGGCUUCUCUCGAAUCCAACAACAUCACCUUCGAAAAGGCUUCAACAUACGACUCUUACCUUGAUGCAUGGCCCGCCAUCGCAAACCUACAGUCAUCCAUCUCCUCCCUCCAGAAGAAUGGCACCAGCCAAUGGACCGAUCUAGCGCCCGUAGAGUGUGCAAACAGGUACGAAUCGGAGCAGUACGACAGCUUCUCCAGCGUCAUACUGUUCACCAACUGGACGAGUCCGCAGACACAGAACAACUCCGCGCUCGUCCUUGCCGCCCUUGCUGGAUCCGGCAUUCACGCCGAACGCGGCCUCUUGGAUCUUUGCCCGCCCGCUUUCCUCGCCGCCAACCAGACUUCCUUCUCCACACCCUCCCAAUAUCAAUUGGCCCCCGAAACCGGUCUUUUCAUCACCGCUUUUGACAUUGAGUUGUGUCUGUCGUACGCCAAGGGCGACCGCUUGCAAGCGACGUACUCCGGCGUGAAGGUACAGCACUGCUUGAGUCAGAACGUACAGGACGAGUGCGUCCUGGUGACCACUCCGAUGGUGUGGAAAGCCCUGACCAUUUUCGUUGCGGUACAGACGCUUGCCAUGCUGGCAGCAUUAGCCUGUUGUCCGCAGACGCCGCUGCUUGUUGUCGGCGAUGCAAUCGCCUCGUUCCUGAGCCGGCCGGAUACAGUAAAGAAUAGGCAUGUGAGCGACAUGCUAUUCGAUUCUCUUAUCAUGGGUACUGAGAGUUGCAUUUCGCUUGCGUUACUCGUGUGGCUGACGGUGAAUAUCGUCAUCGUGAUGGUGCUGCCGGGGAGGAAGAUCGGAUUCGUGCAGCCGGACGAGUCCGACCAUCUAUGGAUGUGGAAACUCAUCCUCUUCGCACGCUCCGUCCAACUGCUCAGCAUCAUCCGCGAGUACUUCGAAAACACCGUCGGCUCCACAAUCCAAGCACGUCACGAACUCUACCGAUACGGCCUCGCCCCCACCGGGCUCCGCGUCACGCAACCCGCCGGCGGCGCCCAACGCUCCACAUACCUCCUUUCCCUCCCUCUCCCCAAGGCGCUAACCCACAUGGCUCUGACCGCAUUCUGGCACACCGCCCUCAGUAGCGCGCUAUCCCUCGAGCUCGUCAAUCUCUACCACGUCGACGACCCCACGACGCCGCACCUGCAGGCUAGCAGCGGCGGCAUCAUCCGCAUGCUAGCGGAAAAGAGGGACAAAAACUAUUCGGUAGUGGGGUGGGUGAUUUACUCGAGUUUUAUCGGGGUCGGUAUAUGGGUUAUUCAUGGACUUUUCGUGAAUACUUUGUUCUAUGGGAGUGCGGUCCGGAGUUGGUGGCGGCGGAGGAGGGAAGCGUGGAGAACACGGAAGGAGAGAAAGUGCUCGAUGAAAGAAUGGGGGAAGAAGAAGGAGAAGAAGAGGAAGAAGGUGCAGAAGCCGUGGAAGUCGGAUGUUGCGCCGAACUCGCAGCUUAUUGCAGAUGCGUGCCAUCCGCCGCCUGAGGCGGGCGAUAUUUCGCAGAAGAAAGUUAGUUCGUCUUCGCGGCCUAGGAAGGGCAUCAGUAAAGCGCUCUACGGAAAGGUCGCGGCGAGCCGCGGCGAGAAACAGCCUACCGUGUUCGGCGAGGUCCCAGCCGCAGCGCUUGUAGACAUCUUCACACGAGUUGCUGGCUAG